UAUUACAAACUAUUUUCGAUUUAUAUCGAAUUAUUUUGAUCCUCCCUUUAGCCGGCAAGGGAACGCAAGAGUUAACAAGUGAAAAGAAGCAGAAUCUUGCAGAGCUGAGAUGGGUUUAAUCAGUACUUUCUUGGGGUUUUCUGGAUUUGGAAUUGGGGUUUCUGCUGGGCUUGUAAUCGGAUAUUAUCUGUUCAUCUACUUCCAACCCACAGAUGUGAAGGAUCCUAUAAUUCGUCCUUUGGUCGAACGAGACUCUGAAACUUUACAAAGCUUGCUUCCCGAGAUACCAUUGUGGGUAAAAAACCCAGAUUUUGACCGGGUUGAUUGGCUUAACAAGUUCAUCGAAUAUAUGUGGCCUUAUCUUGACAAGGCAAUAUGCAAGACUGCAAAGGAUAUUGCAAAGCCCAUUAUUGCCGAACAAAUUCCAAAGUAUAAAAUUGAUUCAGUCGAGUUCGAGACUCUUACAUUAGGGUCUUUGCCUCCAACAUUUCAAGGGAUGAAGGUGUAUGUUACUGAUGAGAAGGAGCUGAUCAUGGAACCGUCCUUAAAAUGGGCCGGAAAUCCUAAUGUUGCCGUUGUUGCUAGAGCAUUUGGUUUAAAAGCGACGGUUCAGGUGGUGGAACUACAAGUCUUUGCCGCACCUCGCAUUACACUAAAACCACUUGUUCCCAGCUUUCCUUGUUUUGCUAAAAUCUGCGUGUCUCUCAUGGAGAAGCCGCAUGUUGAUUUCGGGCUCAAGCUUUUUGGGGCCGACCUUAUGUCAAUUCCUGGAUUGUAUAGGUUUGUCCAGGAACAAAUCAAAGAUCAAGUUGCCAACAUGUAUCUUUGGCCUAGAAAUCUAGAAGUACAAAUAUUGGAUCCAUCCAAAGCCCUAAAGAAACCCGUAGGAAUUCUUCAUGUGAAGGUUUUGAGGGCAACCAAGUUGAAAAAGAAGGAUUUUUUAGGUGCCUCCGAUCCUUAUGUGAAAAUAAAACUCACGGAAAGUAAGCUUCCAUCGAAGAAGACCAGUGUGAAGCAUAAGAAUUUGAACCCCGAAUGGAAUGAAGAAUUCAAUAUGGUCGUUAAAGAUCCGGAAUCACAAGCUGUAGAGUUCCAAGUUUAUGAUUGGGAACAGGUUGGCAAACAUGACAAGAUGGGCAUGAACGUCGUUCCGUUGAAAGAUCUUGUGCCCAAUGAGGCGAAGGUCUUGACACUUGAUCUCUUGAAGAAUAUGGAUCCCAAUGAUGUCCAAAACGAGAAAAUACGAGGGCAAAUCGUGGUGGAAUUGUUAUAUAAACCGUUUAAGGAGGAAGAUUUGCCAACGUUUGAAGAUGCUGGUGCUGUCCAGAAGGCGCCUGAAGGAACACCGGCUGGGGGCGGUGUACUUGUUGUUAGAGUCCAUGAAGCUCAAGACGUCGAAGGAAAACACCACACGAAUCCAUAUGUCCGAGUCCUUUUCAAAGGAGAGGAGAAAAAAACGAAGCAUGUGAAGAAGAACCGAGAUCCAAGAUGGGACGAGGAGUUCAUGUUCCAUCUAGAGGAGCCUCCAAUGAACGAUAAAUUGCACGUGGAAGUUGCUAGUGCCUCAUCGAGGAUCGGUCUAUUGCAUCCCAAGGAAUCGUUGGGUUACAUCGACAUCAGUCUCGCGGAUGUUGUGCACAACAGAAGGAUCAACGAGAAGUACCAUCUCAUUGAUUCAAGGAACGGGAAGAUCCAAAUCGAGCUACAAUGGAGGACUGCAUCUUGAGGCCAUCCUUUUCCGUUGAGACAUAUAUAGAGGCGUGAUCGAAGAAUACGUUUUGGUACUUGAAAACUCGCAUUCGGAAUAAUUUACAUGUAUUGUUGUUGUACAAACGUCUGUGUACAUUGAAUAUUAAAAAUCAGUAGAAUGUUUGUUUAUCUGGGAUA